AUGACGUUCUUCAUUGGAAUUGCCGCCUGUGGCGUAGCCGCUCUAUUCUUCGGCUCGAUGUUCGUUGCACUUCGGCGAAUUGAGACUGGAGAUGGUAUCUUUGCUCAAUGGGUUAUUUCUAUGGCAAUUCUAUGCGUGGGAUUUGCUGACUUCUGGUAUCGUGGAUUUCCCGGAUUCUAUCCGUUAGCGAUGCUUGGCGGUGCGUUAUGGACAAUGGGCAACACCACGGCAAUCCCUCUAAUCAAACGGAUCGGUUUGGGUCUGGGAAUUCUGUUGUGGAAUUCGUCGAAAUGUGUGGUUGGCUGGGUCACAGGACGGUGA